AUGAUCACCAAGAAACACGAGGUUAAGACCUCUGCUCUUUCCUUUUCAUAUUUCUACAGUCUCGCCUCGGACUCCAACACUAACAAUUGCAGAAAUGAUUUCAGAGCACAAUCAACUACCUCCACUGGCACAAAACAUGUCAAAAAAGAUUACGUAUUCUCUACUACUUCUGCUCCUCUAGCUUUCCCUCACAAUAUCUUGAUUAAACCUUCUCCCAAUUCUCCUUGCUUGAAUUCCUCUUUCCAUGUACUCAACAAUGUGAAUAAGAAGUGGUUCAUUAAUUUGUCUUCCGUUGACAUUCCUCACGAAGUACAGUGUCUUUUACAAUUGGGAGAAAAAUUCAGCUUACCAGCACCUAGAUCUUCUCCCCGUUUAAUUUUUGAUUUUAUUAAAUAUAUUGAGUGCAGCAUGUCGAGGCUUGAUUGUGACAUUUCUCAACAGAUAAGAAAUCACACUGCUCAGUGUUUAGAGAAUCAUUUAAAAAAUAAAUCGAAAUCUUUACCUCGAAUUGAUGAGUCAUUUUUGAGAUUGAAUAACACAUGUAAAACUUUCUUGGCUGAUCAUCCAGACAUAAUUAUAACACGAGCUGAUAAAGGCAAUGCCAGCGUGGCGCUUGACAAGAACGUAUAUGUCACGAAAAUGAAUGAAUUACUUGAUGAUACUGACACUUAUAUUGUUAUUAACAAGGAUCCUAUGUCAAAAAUAUGUAGAGAGCUCAAUGAUAUUCUGAAACGGUGGCAACGAAAUAAUUACAUAUCAGCUGUAACAAAACGUUCUCUUUACACCAGUGACGGGGUGCUACCUAGAGCUUAUGGGUUACCAAAGAUCCACAAAUCUGGCUUCCCCUUAAGAAUCAUAGUGUCGUCCAUAAACAGUCCUCUCCAUAGAUUCGCCUCUUUCCUACACAAUUGCCUUCAUGAAAAUCUUCCUCCUUCCAAUAGUCAUAUUGCCAAUAGUUAUGAGCUAGUAGAUAAAAUUAAUUAUUUUCACGUCGAUGACAGUCUCAAAUUAGCUUCAUUAGAUGUUGUUUCAUUGUUCACCAACGUUCCUACAGACUUGAUCAUUCACAGUGUGACAAAACGUUGGCAUCAUCUGGAGAAAAAAAUCAAGAUCCCGCUCUUGGAAUUCUCUAUCGGUCUUAAGCUGGUACUGAACUCUACUUUUUUCAAAUUCAAUGGGAAAAUAUACAAGCAAAUUUUUGGGACACCUAUGGGUUCCCCCCUCUCCCCCGUUUGUGCAGAUCUAGUCUUACAAGAUCUUGAGGAACAAGCCAUGUCACAACUACCUUUUCAUCUCCCUUUUUAUUUUCGAUAUGUGGACGACAUUGCUUUGAUUGCUCCCUCUUCCUCCUUUAAUCUUAUCAUGGAAGUCUUUAACUCCUUCCAUCAGAGGCUUAAUUUCACUAUAGAAAUUCCUGAGAAUGACCGUCUCAAUUUUUUAGAUGUCACUAUCAUUAUUGAAGACCAUCAUAUUGAGUUUGAUUGGUAUAUGAAGCCUACGUUCUCUGGGAGAUUUUUAAACUUUCUCUCUCAACAUCCGCAAGCGCAUAAAAAAGGCGUCAUAAUUGGUCUUACGGACAAAAUCUUUAAACUGUCUAACCCGCGUUUCCAUGAAAAAAAUUUUAAGCUGAUAAUUGAUCUGCUCCUGGAUAAUUGUUAUCCCAUCAAUUUCAUUUUUUCUACCAUCAUUAACAGAAUUAAAUCUCUUAUCCAUAACAAUCUUGCUCCUCCACUUCCUCCAACUUCGGACACCUCCAAAUCGUUUUUUAUCAUCCCAUACAUUAAGGGAGUCUCUGAGCACUUUAAAGAUGUAGCGAAGAACUUAAAUAAGUCUCUCGCCUAUGCUGUACCGAAUAAACUGAACUGCUUCAUCAAAACACAUAAAGACCAACUUCCAAAGGAGAAUCUUUCCAACGUGAUCUAUAGGAUCCAUUGCCGUGACUGCACGGCAUCUUACGUUGGACAGACCGGCAGACAAUUGAAGACUCGUAUGAAAGAACAUCGGUCUAACAUUAAUGGCUCUACAGAACAAUUAUCAGUUGUUUCCCUCCACAGACUGGAAGGACAUGAGUUCGAUUGGAAUGAGGUGAUUGUUCUUGAUCGUGAAUCUUCUUUCAAAAGAAGGACAAUUUCUGAAAUGAUUCACAUUAUAAGACAAGACAACAGCUUGAAUGUGCAUAAAGACACCGAAAAAUUUGAUAAGAUUUAUCUCCCGAUUAUAAAAUCAUUAAAGUCGGAGCUGCGGCCCUGA